AUUAAAAUAAUUCAACAUGGUGUAGGGCAAGACGGUCUAAGUGCAUUCAAUUCAAUCCACCCACCCCCCCCCCCCCCCCCUCCCUCCCCCCCUUUCUUUUUUCUCUCUGUCUCUCUCUAUAUAAUCCAUUCAAUCAAAAUCACUAUAGAUAGAAUUCCAUUUCCGAUCCAGCAGGAAAUUAACAGAGAUCAGAGAGAGAGAGAGAAUUAAGAAUUUAAGACAUGGGUUUGCAGUCAUCUCUAAUGGCGUUUCUAUGCCUACUUCUGGUUUUCGACCAGUGCUUCGCGGGCGACGACGGCUCUCUGUCGGCGUACGACGUUCUGGAGGAAUACGGCUUUCCGAUCGGGCUCCUGCCGCAGGGGAUCGUGGGGUACGAGCUGGAUCGGAGCACGGGAAAGUUCACGGCGCACCUCAGCGGCACGUGCAGCUUCUCCCUGGAGAACGACUACAAGCUCAAGUAUAAGACGACGGUGUCCGGCGUGAUAUCCAAGGGGCGGCUGAGCAAGCUGAAAGGGGUGAGCGUCAAGGUGCUGCUGCUCUGGUUCAACAUCGUGGAGGUGGUCCGCGACGGCGACGACCUCGAGUUCUCCGUCGGCAUCGCCUCCGCCAACUUCCCCGUGGACAACUUCGCGGAGUGCCCGCAGUGCGGCUGCGGCCUCGACUGUGUUAAUGCUAAUGCUACUGGGGAAGAAGGGGAGAAGAAGAGAAAGAUUAAGUUGAAUCGCUUUGUGUCUUCUUCUUAAUUAAUGGCCUUAAUGAAUUAGGUGAGUUUUUAUUUAUUACUUUAUCUUUUUUUCCUUUUUUUUUUUUUCAAGUUUGUAAUGAGAUGUGCUCCACAUCCAUUGGAGAAUAGCACUGGUUAGAAUUGGAUUUAGAUUUUAUUAACUGCAGUUUAUAUUUUAGAAA